GAGCGGCGGGGGCCCGGCCGCGGCGCUCCCGGGCGGGGAGGCGGGGUUGCAACCCCAAAACGGGCGCUUCUCGAUUUAUUUCAUUUCUUCCAGGUGACGCGACAUCCCCUCAGGCUGUAACGCGCCGACUCCAGAGUUUCCCGCUGCCGAGCAAGGAGCAUCGUCUCGGGAUGGGGGGCCGGCGGUCUCCGUUAGAACCGGGCGUACCGUGCCAGGCAGAAUUGUGGGGUGACCUCGGGGUGCUCGAAGAAGAUGAGGAGCUGGAGGGUUUCAGGAGGGAGGCGGAAGUUCUGCGUGAGAAGCUGAGGGAGGCUCUCAGUCAUACAUCUGGUAACAUAAGGCAGUCCAGUUCUUUGACCGACCUCACCUCAGACAGUACCUGGGAUCAGCAAAAGCCUCACUUGUUUCCUAAGUCCCGCUUGAGGCCAAAAAGCGCUUCAUCUCCCUGGAUUCCUUCCAUCACCAUCCCUCAGCCUUUCAAAAUGACACUGCGGGAAGCUCGCAAAAAGUCCGAGUUGAUGAAGUCAUACAUGUUUCUUGAACUAGACAAACAGAGAGACAAAAGGCAAAGCCAGGAUGAAGCUGAAUGCCAGAAACAAUUCCGGGCACAGCCUGUACCUGCCCAUGUGUUUCUGCCCCUUUAUCAGGAAAUAAUGGAGCAGAAUGAGAUUCGCAGGCAAGCAGCAACACAGAAAAGAAAGGAGCUGCUACUUUCAACACAGCGGCCCUUCAGUUUUCUGGAAAAGGAAGAGAAAAAGAAAGAAGCUAUCAGACAAAAAUUCCUGGCAGCAGCAACCCCAAAUGAGAGCUCCAAACAGAAGCAAGCCAGUAAAAAAGUUCCUAAAUCUACUUACGGCUCACUUCUUGGAGAUAAACUCAAAGAAGCCGAACUCUACAGAGAAAUCCGCAUUCAAAUGAGAGCAAAGGAUUUGCUCAAGAGCUCUGUAGCUCCUAUAGAUACCAGCAACUGUCGGAGGGAGCCUCAGUCCCGAACCGCCACCAGAACUAAGCAGGAAAGACUUGGCUUCUUACAGGAUAGAAGUUUCAGCUUCAAGCCAAGGAUUAAUCCAACAAUACCAGAUUUUGAAGAACUUUACUGGGCUUUUCAGAGGAAAACAGUAAGAAGACAAGAAAUCAAAGAGCCAAUUCGUAAUAAGCCAUUCAAGCUAAGAACCUCCAAUCUCCAUGCCAGGCAGAGGCAGGCUACUGAAAAGAUAAAGGAUUCUCAGAAGCUUUCCAAGGUUUCAGUGCAGAAAAGUCACUCUCUGCCUGGACUUUCCUCUCUCUCUUCCAACACCCUUCCUGUGUAUAUUACAGAUGCAACUAGAAAGAGGGAAUCAGCUAUUAGAUAUGCCCAAGAUAACAAAAAGGAAGGGAACAAAGAAGGAAUUUAUUGGCUGGAGAAACAGAAAAUGAAAUGUCAAGCUAUGCAAAAGUCUGUAAACAGCCGAGCAAAAGCACUGGAUCCUCAUAAAAGUCUGGAGGAAACACAAAAGGAGAAGUCAAAACAGAACAGGCAAAAUUUGCAGGACAGAGCAAAAGAAUACAGAAAGGAGCUGGAAGAAAUGCAGCUACGAGUCAAGAACAGACCAUUCCUCUUUGAACAGGUCACCAAGCGUGAUGCUCGUCAAGGAGCAGAGCGUCGCUACAGACGCACCCUCCAGCAGGUUGGCCUGAGUGAAGAAUUUGUAAGGAGAAAAGGGGAAGAUGCCACUGACUUGCUGGAAGAAGAAUCUGAUGUUCACAGGCUGCCUGAGCCUCGGGGUGAAAAGGAUGACUGUACUCAACAGGAAGCAGUACCUCAAGAAGAACAGAGCGCAAAGGGAGCGGCAACAUAGAAGCUCGAGAAAGAAUCCAUCAACCAGCUCUUGACUUUUUCUGUUCAAGAUUCUCCAGGUUAAUCCUCAGGAACUUAAUAGUUGAAGCUGACACCUAAGAAUUGCUGUGGGGUGAGAUGGGAGAAUUUAGUAAAGGCAAAAAAAAGCUGUUGUUUAGAGCAUGUCUUGUUCAGCCCAGCAAGCCCUGCAGCCUCCCUUAGUCUUCGAAAGUGUCCCUUGCCUGAGCUCUUUCCCUUUAAUGGGCAACAAAACAAGUUAAAGAGGUUGAAGUGCUAUCUUUGGAUAAAAGUAGAUAUGAAAGAUUGAAGAGGUGCAUCCUCUAGUGUCAACUCCUUGCAUUCAUGCCACAGAAGUACACAGGAAAGGGAAAAUGCUUUCCACUGUGCUAGAAUGCUUUCAAACAAGGUAUUUCUACAAAAACAAAUACCAGGAUUUGACCCACCCUGGGAGAAGACUCAAAGGGAAGUCUGCUUCCACUACCAGCUCUGCUUCUUCUCCCCAUUAGUAAGAAGCAAUACUCUUCCUAUAUUAAAAAAAUCCCCUAAGUUGCAUGAUUUGAAAGUGUUUCAACAUCUUAUCAAUUUAGGUCAUUAAUUUGACCCAAAAAAGAACCAAAGUUAUGAAGAAGGUUGUAAUUAAACAGUGCAUCACUUUGAAUUAUUGUUUUCCUAACUGUAUGACUACUGUGAUAUCAAAGAUGGAUUCUGGAGGAAAAAAGAUUAGAUAUUGCCUGCCAGCACAUUGCACUCAAAUGCCUAGUGCAUCUUGAAUGGAGGAUUUCACACUUUAGUGAUCUCCCUUUACCUGACACUAAAGACCAUUGCAAAAAUAAAAGUCUUUGCCACCUGGAAUGUUUUCUGAGAAUUUUGCACUUUGACAUUAAAAUAUUUUAAAAUUGA